UUUCCUCUCUCGCCUGUUGCAGCGCGGCGGGCCGGGUGCGGGUGGCGGGCGGCUCGAGUCGUUCCAGUCGGAGCACCGCAAGCAGUCCAUGGACGGGUGGACGGGCCGGGUGCCGCAGCCGCCGCAGCCUCAGCCACCGGCGCAGCAAGCCCAGCAGCAGCACCAGCAGCACCAGGCUCACCAGCAGCACCAUGGCCCCAGCAGCAUGCCGCCGCCCAUGGUCAACGGCGCCAACGGCCACCACACCAACGGCCACGGCCCCGCCUCGCUGCCCUCGCCGCUGUCCGAGCACGGCGGCCAGGGCGGCGGCGGCCCGGGCUCGGGCGGCCAGGUGCACGACGGCAAGCACUCGCUGCUGCAGUUCGCCAUUCACCAUUUCCGACAGAGUCCAGAAAAGUUCGAGAUGCUCAAGACGGCUGACGGCUCCAUCAGCGGCUCGCUCGACGUCAUCGAGAGCCUCAAGACGAAGAAGAACAAGGGCAAGAGCAAAGGCAACAAGGAGAACGAGUGGACUUGGAAGGAACAGGUGGACCUCGUCAAGUUCUCGCCGCGGCCCAUCGAGCAGUCACUGCUGCGCCUCGAGACGGAGGAGGUCAGCGAGCUGGCCGUCGAGUGCUUCGUGUGCGUCAUGAGGUACAUGGGCGACCUGCCGAUGACGACCGACGUGACUGAAGUCAAAUGCGUCUACACCGUCCUCAUGCACUGCCACAAGCACGAGGCUCUGCGCGACGAGGUGUACUGCCAGCUCAUGAAGCAGACCACCAACAACAAGUCGCAGCAGCCCGAGUCGUGCCAGCGCGGCUGGCGGCUCUUCUCCAUCGUAGCGGCCUACUUCGCCUGCUCCGACACCCUCAAGCCCUACCUCUUCAAGUACCUAGAGACGGCGGCGUACGACAAGCGACGAGCCUACCACGGCACCGCCAUGGUGUGCCUGCAGAACCUGCGCAAGACGUUCAAGUACGGCGGGCGCAAGAACGUGCCGAGCGUCGAGGAGAUCACGGCCAUCAGCGCGGGCCGCAACUCGAAGCGCCAGAUGUACCGGCUGCCCGGCGGCACGGAGCGCGUCGUCAACACGCGCUCCACCACCGUCGUGCAGGACGUCAUCGAGGAGAUCUGCGGCGUCAUCAACGUCACGUCGCCGCAGGAAAUGGAGGAGUUCUCGCUCUACUGCAUCGUCGAGGGCGACACGUUCACCAUGCCGCUGGCGCGCGAGGAGUACAUCCUGGACGUGACGACCGAGCUGCACAAGAACGGCCAGAUCUUCUACCUCAUCUUCUGCCGCUCCGUCUGGCACUUCCCGCUGCGCCUCGACUCGCACCUCUACAUCGAGGUGGUGUUCAACCAGAUCGCGCCCGACUACCUGGAGGGCCUGCUGCUCGUCAUGCCCGGCGAGACGCUGCAACAGGACACCAUCUACGAGAUUGCCAAGAUGGCGGCGCUGCUGCACCGGGCCGCCGACAUGGCGCACGUGCCCGCCAUGAAGGAGACCAAGUUCCUGCUGCCCAAGCCCGCCCUAACCGUGCGCGACAUCAAGCCCACGCAGUGGGUCAACAUGGUGCAGAGCAGCUGGGUGGACGUGCAGGGCCUCGAGACCAUCCAGGCCAAGGCGCAGGUUCUUGAGAUGCUGAGCCGGUGGCCACUGUUCGGCUCCAGCUUCUUCGCCGUGAAGCGCGUGUCUGACCCGAAGGAGCGCGCCGACCACAUCCUCGCCCUCAACCGCCACGGCGUCCAUUUCAUCGACAUCGUGACGCACGAAACGCUGCUGCACCAUCCCUUCUCCGAGGUGAUCUCCACGCGCAAGGUCAAAUCGGAGGACGGCACGCUGUUCCUCGACAUGAAGUGCGGCAACUUGAUGCAGCAGCGCAUCACCCGGCUGCAGACGGAUCAGGCGCACGAGAUCUCCCGCCUCAUCCGGCAGUACAUCACCCUGCAGCAGCGGGUGCGCACCUGAUGGAGCCGGGACCCCGCGCGGAGCAGCGAGACAGUCAUGAGCUAUUCUGGUCACUGAGUGUAGAAGUCGUGGGAGGACGACGAGAAGGACUCUAAUGUACAAUACUUAUGCGACUGUAUUUUUUUUUAAAUUUCUUUUCAAUGUUGAUAGUUGUAAUGUUGAGCUUUGCGCCAUUUGGGCCAUUGAUUUUGUAGAUAGGAGGGGAAGAACCACAUGGAGAAAUGAACUUGUAAUGAGAAGGUGAAGUGACGAGAUUUUGUGUUGUUCAUUCUAAUAGCACAGAAAUAAUAUGUGAUUUUAUGAUUUGGCCAUUAAUAAGAUUGGCCUGGCCAUGAUGUAUAUGAUAAUUAUAUUUACCUUUAGUUUUAGAU